AUUGUAUCCAAGACCAGGUUCGACAAGUCAAACGAUCUCAUUAUCUCUUCCUGCAACACAAAUCGACAAUAUGAAGGACAUUCAGCUUAUUCAUCCUCCCCGAGAAAAUCUUCUCCUCAUAAUCAGCCUCAACUGCGAUAACACAUCCCCAACUUCUCAUUGGACCCCUCGGCUAACUUUAGUGGCCGUCGGUUUACGUUACCCGUCGGAAAACUGCCACACAGACCCCCUGAAGGUCCCUGUAAGAAAAACUAGCCGAAAAUAGCCAUAGCGGGACACUUUCUGUCUCGCGGAGUUUCCUGAUUCAUGUUGGCGGGCGUCAUGAAUUCAGCCUGGAUUGUGUCAUGACCCAGGAGCUAGACACAGCUCUUAUAAGCUGGCCAAGCCCGGGGUAGUUAUUUCCUGGGGUAACUCCAUUGUGAUUACGAACAGGGCAACAUGUCUUCCAACGAGCAGCUUUACGAGAAGAUCUCCAAGUCUGUCGCUCAUCAUGAGCAGGACUUGGCAGACAUUUGCAAAAAGAUCCAUGAAAACCCAGAGUUCAACUACAAAGAGUUCAAAGCCCACGACAACAUCUGCGACCUCAUGCACCGUCUCGGCUACAACGUCAAACGCUCCGCCUACGGCAUCCAAACCUCCUUCGAAGUCGAAUCCGGCCAGAACGGGAAACUCAUCGUCUUCAACGCAGAAUACGACGCUCUCCCCGGUCUAGGCCACGCCUGCGGCCACAACCUCAUCGCAACAAGUUCCAUCGCCGCAUUCAUCGCCACCGCCGAAACAAUACGUUCCUCCAACAUCCCCGGCCGCGUUCGUCUCCUCGGUACACCGGCCGAAGAAGGCGGAGGUGGAAAAGUCCAUCUUAUAAAAGCAGGUGCUUACGAGGGUGUAGAUGCUUGUUUAAUGGCUCAUCCUACAGGGAGGUUGUCGCCGCAGGGGGAGAAGAAUAUCGAUGGUGUUUCGGCGGCGAGAUCGAGUGCGAGGAGGCAGAUGAAGGUGGCAUUCACGGGACAGAAUGCUCAUGCGGGGAAUACGCCCUGGCAUGGGAAGAAUGCGCUCGAUGCGGUUGUUUCAUCUUAUGUGAACAUUUCACUGCUGAGACAGCAGAUUCAACCAACAGAGAGAAUUCACGGUGUUAUUAGGAAUGGAGGUGCUGAACCGAAUAUUAUUCCGGAUUCGACGAAUUUGGAGUAUUAUUUGAGAGCGGCGGGUGUUGAUCAGAUUAAGGAGCUUACGGGGAGGGUUGAGGCUUGCUUCAAGGCUGGGGCUAUUGCGACGGGGUGUGAAGUCAAGUGCAGCUGUGAAUCAGAUCAAGAUUAUAUGGAGCUUCGCCCUAAUAUCUCCAUGUCUAACGAGUUUACAAAACACAUGCAGGCUUUUGGCAGAGAUUACAUCGGAGACGCGAAUCAGCCACCAAUGGGUGCAUCAACAGAUAUGGGCAACGUGACAUACUGCCUCCCCGGUAUUCAUCCAAUGUUCGCCGUCGGAACAGACGAUCCUAUGAUUCAACCUCAUACACCAAAAUUUGCGGAAGCAGCUGGAACGAGGGAAGCGUUCGAGAGAGCCUUGGAUUGUGCAAAGGGAUUAGCAGCUACUGCUUGUGAGAUGUUACGUCAGCCUGAGUUGAUGGAUCAGGCGAGGGAUGAGUUUAAGAGGGAUGUUGAGCCGAUUGGUUACAGACUUUAGAUCGCCUAAUUUAUGAGAUAAGAAGCCUUGAUUAU